CAAAUCUAUUUCUGCAUCCUCGCAAUUCCUGCAAUCCGACUCACACAAUGGCUUCAGCAGGAGAUUCGCAACUCUUCGAAGAGGCCUUCACAAUCACCACCUUCGACCAAUCCAAAUACGACCGGGUCGCGCGUAUUGGAGGCACUUCAGCGGAUUCGCAAACAGUAAUGACCCUCGAUAUCAACACCGAGCUCUACCCCUGCUCCGUCGGCGAAACCCUACACUGUGUGCUUGCGAGUUCCCUCAAUCUGGACGGUACGAAGGAUGACGGCAGAGGCUGGAGAGAUGUUGCGCGCAGUGGACCGGGUGGAGAAACUUCAUUGGCGGAUAUGUUCGAGUAUGUGUGUCACGGCAAGAUCUACAAGUUCGAGGAUGGGGAGGACGGUCAAACUAUCAAGGCAUAUAUCUCGUUUGGCGGUCUUCUGAUGGCUCUUGAGGGUCCUUACAAGAAGCUCACUCCUCUACACGUCGAUUACGUCUAUCUCCUUUGCAAGAAAUGAACGAUCUCUAUUUGCGGCAUGGAUUUGGGUGGUUCAUAUGAUGGCGUUGGGGGAAUACCCGAAAAUGGGCGUUGUUUUUAGCAUGGUUUUAGCAUGAGAUUAUGAACGUGCCCGACUUUUAGGACAUUCAAUGCAUGGAUUUCAAACCAAUUAUUUUGCCCCUAAUGUGAC